AAAAGCCACAAGUCACUCGGUCUGAUACACACACGUCCUAUUUCCACAGCUGGUUGUAUCUACUCUUCUAGGAUUACUUGACAUGCCAGCUGCGAACAUGACUGAAACAUGCAAAGUUCAGUCUUGCAGUGUUUGAAACGAGUCGUUUCAGGACAGUCGCGUGUUAUUUUCGGUAAAUCAUGAAUCGGGUAACAUUUCUUUGACUGAUCGCUUGUGAGCUGUAAGUUAGGCCCUUCCGUAAUGCCUCGGACUGUCGUGAGAUCCUGAGCCGAUCAGAGCUGCGCAUCACACCGCUGAAGCAUCAAGGCUGGUCGUUCUCCAGCUAGAGAGAAAGAGACACAUUGAGUUUAUGAAGGAAACAUGCACCCGCCAUCGAAGAGGGAUUUUGUGUCUCUGACUCUGGGCGACAGCGUCGGUUACACGAACGCCAAGCAGUGGCGCCGGCAGUCCUGCUGGAGGAAAUGGAAGCAGCUAUCCAGAUUGCAGCGUAGCCUGAUCCUGUUUACAUUGAUGCUGCUGCUUGUUUGUGGAAUAGCAACAUCUCCCACUCUCAUAGAACACUGGAGAGAUGGGGGAAAUGGCGAGGAUGGAAAACAGACAUUUGUUUUAGACUUGAAAAAUGAGUACAAGGCCAUUCUUCCGGAGAUGCCCUCUGAGAAGAAGGGCUACCGUAGACGUGGACCACCUGUCUUACAAAACCGUUUACAAAGCAAAACGAAUGUGUCUGGUCUUUUGGAGAAAGAAAAUCAUGGACCAAAUCUGAAGAAUGUGGACAAAGGAUCUGAGGGAGAAAAGCCAAUUGUUAGGCAUGGAGAGGUAAUAGACCAAGAAGAAGCCUUUGAAAACAAUGCAGACCCUUCUUUAUUAGCACUUGCUGAGAGCAGGCUUGAGGCUGUAAGGGAAGCAUUUAGACAUGCCUGGAAGGGUUACAAAGACUUCGCCUGGGGUCACGAUGAGCUCAAACCCAUCUCUAAAUCAUAUGGAGAGUGGUUUGGACUUGGGCUUACUCUGAUUGAUGCUCUGGAUACUAUGUGGAUCUUGGGUCUAAAAGAAGAGUUUGCAGAGGCCAGGGAAUGGGUGGCCAAAGAACUGUCCUUCGAUAAGGACGUAGAAGUUAAUCUGUUUGAGAGCACCAUUCGUAUCCUGGGUGGCCUGCUGAGCACUUACCAUCUGACUGGAGACUCAGUGUUCCUGGAUAAAGCUAAAGAUAUUGGCUCUAGACUGAUGCCCGCCUUCAACACACCAUCUAAAAUCCCUUACUCUGAUGUGAAUAUCGGAAAGGGGACGGCACACCCGCCUCGGUGGACCUCAGACAGCACCGUGGCUGAGGUCACAAGCAUUCAGCUUGAGUUCAGAGAGCUCAGCCGACUCACAGGAGACCCCAAAUUCAAGCUGGCAGUGAUGGAGGUGAUGAGACAGGUCCAUAAACUGGAUGGGAAGCAGGAUGGUUUAGUACCAAUGUUCAUCAAUACCAAUAAUGGGCAGUUUACCCAUCAGGGCGUCUACACGCUGGGAGCCAGGGCAGACAGCUACUACGAGUACUUGCUGAAGCAGUGGAUUCAAGGAGGCAAGAAUGAGAAAGAAUUGCUGGAGGACUAUCUGCAGGCUGUGGAGGGGAUAAAGAAGAACCUGCUGAGAAAGACUACUCCUCUAGGCCUCACGUUUGCAGGAGAGUUGACCCAUGGACAGUUGAGUCCCAAAAUGGACCACUUGGUAUGUUUCCUGCCUGGCACACUAGCACUGGGAGCACAUCACGGUCUUCCUGCCGACCACAUGGAGCUGGCAAAACAACUGAUCGAGACUUGUUACCAGAUGUACGUUCAGAUGGAGACGGGUCUGAGCCCAGAGAUAGUUCACUUCAACACGCAUGACGGCAGCACAAAGGAUGUAGAUGUGAAGAUUGCUGACAGGCAUAACCUUCUACGUCCAGAGACUGUGGAGAGCCUCUUCUACUUGUACAGAUUCACCAAGGAUAAGAAGUACCAGCAGUGGGGCUGGGAGAUCUUACAGAACUUCAAUAAAUACACCAGGGUUUCCACCGGAGGUUAUACGUCCAUAAACAACGUUCGCGACCCAGCCUAUCCGAACCCUCGAGACAAAAUGGAGAGCUUCUUUCUGGGUGAGACCCUCAAAUACUUCUACCUGCUGUUUUCAGAAGACCCCAGCCUCAUCAGCCUAGACAAGUAUGUCUUCAACACUGAGGCUCAUCCUCUACCCGUAUUUCCGGACGAAGAGUGAUGGACCCACAGGCAUACACUCAUAACCAAACACACCUCUCUCAGGGCCAUGAGCACACACAGAUCCUACUCUGUCCUUUUGAUAUCUCCUUUUCUACAAUGGGAAUUCUCUUUAUAGUUGAAAUACUUAUAAGAGCCAUGACAAAAUCAAUGUAAUAGUACAAACGAUCAGUCUGUAUGUUUCUGUUAAUGGAAUUUCUGACUGUAACGGUAUUUAUUCUAUAAAGGAUAAUAACAAAGGUUUUCAGCGACCGAUCUUUGUCUGUGCUGCUUGAUUUUAAAGCACACAUCUGUAGUUAUUGUGGAUAGUAGGCAGAUGUGAUCUCUGUAUGAGAGGUACAAAUGAUGCUGUUGCUUGGCUCAUUUAGCCCACUGAAUCAGUGUGUGCAUUUUGCAGUCUUCUCAGCCCACACACAGACAAACAAACAAACAUUCAUACUGUGAAACAUUACAGGGACUGCAAGCACUUUAUGAUGUUUAUAGGGGUUUUCAUGUUUGUAUUUUUAUUAAAGACCUGCUGCUGUUUAUGUUGUUGGGGGUUUAGGGGGUCUUUUAUCAUUAGUUGAUUAUUCACUAUUUUCCUUUGUAAAGUUUUUUUUAUUGUAAUUAAUAGGAUCUUUUUCAGUAACAAAUACAAUAAUAAGACUGCAUUCAGUCAAGUGUAAAUCAUUUAACUUAUGAUUAAGCAAAUCCUUUACGGUAAGAAAAGGAAAAUGCACUGUACAUUCCAAGUUUCUCUGUGCAUUUUACUAUUUUAAAAUUUCUUUUGAUUUGAGAGUAAAACUAAACCUGCUGUGAAGGAUUUGACUGCCAUUCCUGUGUACAUUUUGUGUACAGUGUUUGUUGAAGGGUUUUUUAUUAUUAUUAUUAUUAUAAAUAAAAUAGUUUUCUAGCAGGUGGUUGUAUGAACCUGUAUUCUUAUUCCACACUUAUAUAUUUAGUUUGGUCUUAUGUUAUUAGAUCUUUGUGAUAGAAAUGUAAGUACUGUAAUGGAGUGUUAGUCAAGCACAAUAUUUAAAAAUCAAGAGUCUAUAUUAUGUACUUCUAUCGCUUUUUCAGGGGACCUACAUCAGAUGUGAUUGUCAGUAGUAGUUUUGUAUGCCCUAAUGACAUGUGUAAAAUUGUUUGCUUAACAUAUGGUAGGUAAUUUAAGAGAUUUUAUUAAUUUAGAUAAUUACUUUUUUCUCAAAACUUAAAAGUCUUCACUUUGUCGCAGGAUGUUUGUUCUUCUCUGUUGAUUUUGGGUCAGUUUGGUUGGGCCUGAGCGUAAAUAAAUGCUCUUUUGUGCACAAAAUGUCUUAAGAUAACAAAUAAUAGGUGGGGCAAAUUGUUUUAUUCAUCUGCUAUAUUCCCACUGUGUGUAAAAAUCACAUGUAUUAUGUACAUUUUAUUUGAAAGAUUAAAUCUCACCUUGCCGAAUCUUUAGUUAAGUUUCAGCUAGCCCCAGUUUUGUGUAGGUGGUGUGUACAGUAGCCAUUACAGAUUAUGAUGCUGAUGAUAAAGGGAUGAGCAUACGCUGGUUGGUCAAUGUCGUGUUGUGUGUGAUGUUACGGUUCACGUGUGCCUUUGAAUCAAUGCUGAGCAAUGAUGAGAAAUGUCUAUUUUAAAUCCUGAGAUUUGUUUUUAUCUAAAGCUAUUUUUAUCAUCUCAUGUCUGUUCUAAAGCUAUUUACAACUAAGCUUUUUGUGAAUAAACACUUGUGAUUAUA